GUGCACCACCCUUUCUUUGCCUAUACCCUCGAGGUUUGAUCUGAGUAAGCAGCUCCUAAAACUGACCAGUACAGGGUUAAACCUAGCUGCUGUCACCACCCCUCCUCCUCCUCCCAGUCCCCCUUUUCACUGUAGGCUGGCAACUGUCCUAACUGCCUACUGAAGCCAAAUGCUUGAGGGGAAAGAGAGUAAGGAGCCAGCCAUGAAUCCUUUCCAGAAAAAUGAGUCCAAGGAGACUCUUUUUUCACCUGUUUCCACUGAAGAGGUACCGCCUAGACCUCCCAGUCCUCCAAAGCAGUCAUCUCGGAAAAUCUGUGGCUCGAGCUAUCCAUUGAGCAUUGCCUUCAUUGUGGUGAAUGAAUUCUGCGAGCGUUUUUCCUAUUAUGGCAUGAAAGCUGUGUUGACCCUGUAUUUCCUGUAUUUCCUGCACUGGAGUGAAGACACUUCCACAUCUGUAUAUCAUGCAUUCAGCAGCCUCUGUUAUUUCACUCCAAUUCUGGGAGCAGCUAUUGCCGACUCAUGGUUGGGAAAAUUCAAGACAAUCAUCUACCUCUCCCUGGUGUACGUGCUUGGCCAUGUAUUAAAGUCCUUGGGUGCAAUUCCAAUACUGGGGGGAAAAAUGGCACACAUAAUCCUGUCAUUGCUUGGCCUGAGUCUAAUAGCUCUGGGGACAGGAGGUAUCAAACCCUGCGUGGCAGCUUUUGGUGGAGACCAAUUUGAAGAAAAACAUGCCGAGGAACGAACUAGAUACUUCUCAGUCUUCUACCUCUCCAUCAAUGCAGGAAGUUUGAUUUCUACAUUUAUCACACCCAUGCUAAGAGGAGAUGUACAGUGUUUUGGGGAAGACUGCUAUGCAUUGGCUUUUGGAGUUCCAGGACUGCUCAUGGUAAUAGCACUUGUUGUGUUCGCAAUGGGAAGCAAAAUGUACAAGAAACCACCUCCAAAAGGAAACAUAGUGGCUCAAGUUAUCAAAUGUAUUGGGUUUGCCAUUUCCAAUCGCUUCAAGAACCGUUCUCGGAACAUUCCAAGGCGCCAGCACUGGCUGGACUGGGCAACAGAGAAGUAUCCAAAGCAGCUCAUUAUGGAUGUGAAGGCACUGACUAGGAUACUAUUCCUGUACAUCCCAUUGCCCAUGUUCUGGGCUCUUUUGGAUCAGCAGGGCUCACGAUGGACCUUACAAGCCACUAAGAUGAAUGGAGACUUGGGUUUUUUUGUGCUUCAGCCAGACCAGAUGCAGGUGCUAAAUCCUCUUCUGGUUCUUAUCUUCAUCCCAUUGUUUGACCUUGUCAUUUAUCGGCUGAUCGCCAAAUGUGGAAUCCACUUCUCAUCACUUAGGAAAAUGGCUGUUGGUAUGAUUCUAGCAUGCCUGGCAUUUGCAGUUGCAGCUAUUGUGGAGAUAAAAAUAAAUGGAAUGGCCCCACCUCAGCCAGGGUCCCAGGAAAUUUUCCUGCAAGUCUUAAACUUGGCAGAUGAUGACGUGAAAGUGACAGUGCUGGGGAAAGGAAAUAAUUCUCUAUUGGCAGAGUCCAUCAACUCUUUUCAGAAACCAACGCACUAUUUUAAACUACACCUAAACUCAAAAAGCCAGGAUUUCCACUUUCAUCUGAAGUAUCACAAUCUGUCUGUGCAAACUGAACAUUCUGUAGUAGAGAAUAACUGGUACACCAUGGUCCUUCAUGCAGAUGGGGAAAAUCUCUCCAGCAUCAUGGUAAAGAAUGUAGAAAACAAAACAGUCAAUGGAAUGACAACUGUCAGGUUUAUUAACACUUUGCCCAGAGACGUGACCAUCUCCCUGGGUACAGAUGACUCCUUCACUGUUCGUAAAGACUAUGGCGUGUCUGCUUACAGAACCAUCCCAAGAGGAGAGUAUCCUGCAGUGCCUUGUAAAGCAGAAGAUAAGGACUUUUCUCUGAAUCUGGGUCUACUAGACUUUGGUGCCUCCUAUCUGCUUGUUAUUACUAAUAUCACCAGCAAAGGCCUUCAGGCCUGGAAGACAGAAGACAUUCUUGCCAAUCAUAUGUCCAUUGCAUGGCAGCUACCACAGUAUGCCCUAGUUACAGCUGCAGAGGUCAUGUUCUCUGUCACAGGACUUGAGUUUUCUUAUUCUCAGGCUCCAUCAAGCAUGAAAUCUGUGCUCCAAGCAGCCUGGUUGUUGACAAUUGCAUUUGGGAAUAUUAUCGUGCUUGUUGUUGCACAGUUCAGUGGCCUGUUACAGUGGGCUGAAUUCAUUUUGUUUUCCUGCCUCCUGCUGGUGGUCUGCCUGAUCUUCUCCAUCAUGAGCUACUACUACGUUCCCCUAAAUUCAGAGAAGAUGCAUGGGCCAGCAAAUAAGCAUCAUAUUCAUAUACAAGGAAACAUGGUCAACCAGGAAACCAGGAAUACAAAACUCUGAUGAUCCCCUGCUCUGAUCCUAAUUCCUGGCCAUAGUCCUGGCCAUUCCUCAUCUGCAAACAUUGGUUUCUCCUAAAGGAUUGGUAGAGAAAGGUAGUAUCAUUAGUAGAGAUUCUCUUAUGUGAGAGAGGUAAUUUAUGACUAGAGUUUCCAGUUCAUCUUUUAACAAAGCACUUACCUACACUCAGUGUUUUCCCAUUUAUUAGCAAACUCAGUAAAUCCUGUAUAGUGUAGUUCAAGCUGGCCUAGUGUCUCAAAUAGCCACAGAAAUACAGUUAUAGUUAAGAUAAAUCUUUGAGGGUAUGCAGAGUUGUGUGUGUGAUUCCCUCACGCGUUUAAAACGAUAACCCCACCUUUUGGGGUACUGGUUAGGGGCGAAAGUGGAAAAUAAAAUAUAGUACUUCAAGUUGCUUUAUCAGCACUGUAAUUGUGCUACUAAUGAAAACCUC